CGACUCCAGGCCCCGCCCCUACCCCGGCUGCCGGGUGGGAGCCGGUCCGCGCAACGCGCAUGCUCCAAGAGCGGCGCCCCCGACUCUGCGCUCGGCUCUGCUCGGGCAUUUCCGCCUCUUUGUUUUAAACUCCGGACGGAUUUUUUUCUCCUGCUCUUGGGGGGGACCCGGAGGGAGCGGCGCCCCCUCCCUCUCCCGGCGCGGCCCCCGCGUGCGCCCCGCUCGCCCGCAGCUGAGACGGCAGCAGGUAAAGGAAGAGACCUGUUUACCUGAGCCGCCGAAGCUGCGGGUCCGGGGAGCCAGGCUCUGUGUGGACGGCACGUGUGGGUGACGCCUCGUCCCGUGUGUCUCCACAGGCUUCAGAAUGUAGCGGAGGAUCCGGCUGUGUGUACAGAAAAUGGAAAGACAGCGAGAGACACAAGGCAGGCACAGACGUGACGAGCCAGAGCGCGGAGGGCACGGCGGACGAGGAGUGACCGCGUUGCACCCGUAGCCGGAAGCGUCCGAUGCAGAGGCAGCAGGAGGGGACAGACGGCCUCACAAGGAGAAGCCAAAGAUGUUGACCAGAAAGAUUAAACUCUGGGACAUAAACGCCCACAUCACCUGCCGCCUGUGCAGCGGGUAUCUCAUCGACGCGACCACGGUGACCGAGUGUCUGCACACGUUCUGCCGGAGCUGCCUGGUGAAGUACCUGGAGGAGAACAACACGUGCCCCACGUGCAGGAUCGUCAUCCACCAGAGCCACCCCCUGCAGUACAUCGGUCAUGACAGAACCAUGCAAGAUAUUGUUUACAAAUUGGUCCCAGGCCUCCAAGAAGCGGAAAUGAGAAAACAGAGGGAAUUCUACCACAAAUUAGGCCUGGAAGUGCCUGGAGACAUCAAGGGGGAGACCUGUUCUGCGAAACAGCACCUAGAUUCCCAUCGAAAUGGAGAAACCAAAGCGGAUGACAGUUCGAACAAAGAAGCGGCAGAAGAGAAGCAGGAGGAGGACGGCGACUACCACAGGAGCGACGAGCAGGUGAGCAUCUGUCUGGAAUGCAACAGCAGCAAACUGCGGGGCUUGAAACGGAAGUGGAUCCGCUGCUCAGCCCAGGCCACAGUCCUGCACCUAAAGAAGUUCAUUGCCAAAAAACUCAACCUCUCGUCUUUCAACGAGCUGGACAUUUUAUGCAACGAGGAGAUCCUUGGCAAGGACCACACGCUCAAGUUCGUCGUCGUCACGAGGUGGAGAUUCAAGAAAGCACCGCUCCUGCUGCACUACAGACCCAAGAUGGACCUGCUGUGAGCCGCGGCACAGCAGAGACUCAGCCGCCGGGCGCCCCGCGAGUACGCAGCCAGGCGGGGCCGCCACCGCGUAGGAUGCUGCCCUGGGCACCGUUUGGACUGGGUCCCGAACAGAGAAUAUUUAUCACUUUUGUAUGAGAAUCACACUCGCGAGGCGCUGCGGCACAGGGUUACGGACGCGCCUCGCCUCGCCUCGCGGCCGGGGCGCCUCUGCCCCAGCGGGAGGGUGUGGCGACGGCCUUUGCCGACCCGUGACCUUUGCUUGCUUUCCAGGUCUUGAAAAUCUCGGUCACUUCCGUUCAGUUUAUGAGUUAGGUUUCACGAUAAGCCCCCAAAAUACUUGUACGUUUACUGAAUCCUUCCUAAGUUAUUGACAAAAUGUCUUUUCACGUGAAUGACGAUAUUUAUGUGGCCUUUAGCUUCCUGAAGACUUAGAAGAUAUAUAAAAAUUUAAUUUAAAAGCAUACCAAAAGAGGCUUCCAUGAGUAUCGUGAGGUAACCAUGGUAUUUCAUUUUCCACGUCAGGGAACGUGAAGCCGAGGGCCGCCCUGACUCCGGGGGGCCCGCAGCCCAGCUGGGGGGCUGCGUCCUGGCCCCGACGCGGCUGCCCCGCCCGGUCAGCAGGGCGGACCGGAAGACGACAGUUCGCAGAACGAUUCUUGUUCUCAAAAAUUGUUUCUCUUAAAUAGGGCACGAGUUGUUCGGUGCCGUCGUUUAACUUCCCGCUUAUUCUUUCCCAUUUUUGUUUUGCUGAAGAGAUUGAUGGUGGUGGCGGGGGGCCUUUCCCGAGACGGCGCCCCCGUCCGCGGCGCGGCUGGUGCCCAGGGGGCGUGUCCCCACCAAAGCCCCACGUGUGCAGACCCCGGGUCCCACCACGCCCACCGUCAGAGGUGGGCGCGUCCCCGUGCUCUCGUGGAGCAGCUGGCGCGCUCUGGCCGCUGUUGGCGGGCACGCUAGAGCCACAGAGGGCGGGCGGGCGGGCGGGCGGGCCCCUGUGCGGCUGAAGCGGCUUUUCCAGUGACUUAAUGACCUACAGCGCGGGCAGACGCAGCACACCCUCUGUUAGCCCUUUCUCCUCCCAAAUGUUAAUAUUUUGUGGAAUUGGAGAAUAAACUCUUUGCCAGCACAUCCAUUUUUGUUCCUUUAAGAUAGUAACUUGGAAUGUGUAACGACAGGAGCGAGGAGACGGGCCUUCUCCGGGUGGUAAGCUGGUCCCCGCUCCGUGGCCGUCCCUGUCCGCGUCCGGUGGCUUCUGCCUGACCUUUGGGCUCCUCCCCCUCUGUCACCUCCUGCAUCACCGGGGUGCUGGGGUCCUGGGGCCGCCUCCCUUGGUAGGUGGUCCUGACGGUGGCUUGAGAGCCAGGUUUUCCAUGGAGAACUUCACCUUGGUGACUAGAGUUUUUCUCGAACUCGCUUUGGAAGUGGUGGUUGGGCUCAUCGACAUUCAAGUUUGUUUGUUUGUUUUCUGCUUCCUGUUUCAUACUUACAAAUGUCAGAAGCAGCUCCCUUAGUGAUGGGAAAAACAAAUUAACUCAGUCCAAGUGGUUUUAAUAUAAGGCCUUUCAGAAACAUAAAACCAAGUUUUUCUUAGGAAUUGGUCAAAGUUCAUCUCUCUCUUUAAGCCCGUUACUCCCGGGACCGUUUGAAUGAUCAGUUCCCUGCGCCUGUUGUUCAUCCCGAUCAUUUGUUAGGGUCACUAUUCAAGGGUUCAGUGAGUAGAUGUGUAUGACUAAGUAUUACCUGUCUACCUCAAAUACACAUUUCUGCUGAAGCAUUCUGUAAAACCGUGUGUUCUCAAUGCAGUUGAAGUGUACCGUUAGAAUUUAGGUAUUUUCCUGUGUGAUGAAAGGAAAGAAGGAUUAAACAGUGUGAGCGUCCAAAUUCAGAUAAAAUUAAUUCACAGGUCAGAUUAAAAUGAACCUGGCUGUAUAAUCUCAUAGUAUAUAUUUGUAACUUUGCAGCUAUCUUUGCAAUCACUUGAAUUUGCUAUGGUGCUAAGUCGACGUACUUAAUACACAGAGAGGUGGAGAUGAGUCAGAGCUGGCGUCACCAUCCCCACUGGGCCCUGGCCACCUGCUGAUCCCGCGUUUGUGUCCGUGUUACCCUGAUGAAACCUCAGCAGCAGAAGUACCCAUUUUUCUAAGAUGUCCUCGUGCAGACCGUCUUCACUGCAGGAGAUCCCUGUUCCCGCCAGCUCCGGUCUGACCGCAGCCUUACGGGGACGGAGCUGGGGGCCUCGCCGUCAGAGGGAAACUUUCACUUUUCUCUCGUGUCCGUUUAACAUCAACGGCAGAAUUUUAUCUUUUCCAGCAUAAAAGCCAGGAUCAGUUAGUGAUUGGAUCCUAUUAAGUUUGUUUUUUGUUUUGAACAGAUGGAGUUACUGUGAAGUAGUUUUCACAACUCUUCAUGCUGGAAAAACAAACGCCGUCAGUUACCGAACGGCACCCUCGUCAGCAGCGUGGGCUCGUCAGCAGCACAGGGUCUCACUAGGUACAGGUGUCAUGAAAAUAGAAGAUUCAGAUAGAAUAUAUAAUAUUGAAUUUAAGAUUUGGGGGGUUAAAAAGAAGAAAACUUAACUUUAUAAAAUUAUUUAUUCUAUUUUAAGCCUUCUGUCAUAUUUUCCCAUCCAGUUGUUUGGUUUCAGUGGUCCAGCUUUAUUUACAGGCAUAUAAGAUGAAAUUGGGAGGCGUUCUGCAAGCUUCUUCCUUUUGCUUUGAGUAGCUUCCGACUCGUGUGCUUUGUGUUACCCGGAUGAGAAGCGGUUGGUGCUUCUGCGCGAUAGGCUCCAGCGGGCGGCGCCACGCGUACGUGGAGUGUCCGUGGCAUCUGCUCCGCCGAAUGGAGGCAGUGUAGGCGGACUCUCGGAACGUGUACGUUCAGCCCUUUGGUUUUCCUUUUCCGUCGUCGUUCUCAUGAAAACACUGUUGCUGGGAAUGUGCGUGGGCCUGUGCAAGGGGCUCGGCCAUCGGUAAGAGUGAGUGACCGGCCAGCGGCCGCAAGUUGACGUGCGGCCUAGGCUGGCCUCGUGCCUCAGACCCCGCGCGCUGGUGGCCCAGGACGCGCCCCCGUGUCGACCACAGAUGUGACGGUGCUACUUUCCCAGGCUCCUGAGCCCGCCGGCGCGCGCGGCCUUGAUGCCUCCUCGUGGCAUUUGAGGUCUUUAGAAAUUCGUUUGUUUUUUCUUCAAAGCCCACAGGAUGGAUUUUACAGUGAUUUUGAAGUGUGUCAUUGGAUUGAAUAUCAUAGGAACAAGCCAGCUGAUUUCUACCUUGUACGUGAAUAUUUGAUGUGCUCUCAAAACAUUGAAAACACAUUUAGUGCAGAUAGAUCACAAGAAGUUCAGUUUCUCUGUUUCCUCAGGAAAUCAUUUACACUCCAGCACAUCACAUGUGACCUUAGCGUGAUAAACCAAUGUGUUUCUCUGCCUUGGUAUUUAAACAAACUACAUAGGUUGGGAUAAGUCGGUUAGAAAACAAUUCAAGCGACACCACAAUCAUCACUGAGAUUCUGUCCCUUCCUGGGGACCGCCGGGCCCCUCACCAGCUCACGUGGUCUCUGUGUCCGUGGGUGCAUCUGAAGGGGGCCUGAAGUUUACGUGUCCCCUAGAACGUGUGUAGCAUUAGCGUAAAUGUCUAGUUCAACAGCUUCAUUGGGUGCAAGAAAACCAUUUUUCCCGUAUGAUGCAGCGUUCAGGGGCGAGAGCCCUUGCCAACCCUGGCAUCCCGCGUGGAGAUCGGGGGCUCUGGGGGAUUGUGGAGGUGACGCUGCAGACACAUGUUUUUGACUGUUUAGUUUGGAAGUUUACAUUUUUUAUGCUUCGUGUUGGUGUGUAAUUUUUUGUACUCUUGGUGGCUAGGUUUUAUCUAAAAUCUUUUUUGGAAUAUUGCUUAACUGUUUUGAUUUUAUGAUAGUGAAGCUUGUAUUCAGUGUUUUGCCAAUUGAUAUUAUAUGCUUGUAAUAAAAGCAAAAGGAAAACCUACCUAGUUCUCUGAGGCUGGACGUUUGUUACCUAAGAUGUUUGUAAGAGCGUGAGAUAGGUGCCCUGUUAGGGUGAUACGGUGUAACGAAGAGUGCCGUGGGUAUUGGUGAGGGCGCACACACGCCACACUGGGCCCUCCCCUCCCACCCCAGCCUGGACCCUCACAGGUUAACGACUCUGCCCCACAUGGCGUUUGUGACUGACUUCAUGAAGCUGGUCCAGUGUUGGCGCCAGAGGCUCGAUGGGAACUCCGGGAGCCCACACGCAUCUGUGUGCAUGGAGAGAGAACUGUCUUUGGUUGGUAGCUGUGUGUGCCAGGGAACCGGUGUGAAAGAAAACCUCUGAUUCCCCUGAGCGGUGGACCGCCGGUUGGAGUUGCACCCUCUCUUGGCGUGUUGGGACACGUGUGCAUACACAUUUCUCGUGAGGGUGCCCUCUGCCUCCCUUUUGUUCUGUCCAGGCCUUGGUGGGGGCGGUGAGUGAUGCCCUCCCACACGGGAGGUUCUAAGACUCAUCUCUUCCGGGAACACCCUCACACACACACCAGAAUAAUUUUAAUCUCGGCACUGGGCCCCGUCAGGUUGACACAUGCGACCAGCUAUCGCAGACAAUUUACUAUAUCCAUAACUUUUAAUUUUUAAAGGUUAAGUAAUUUACAGCAAUCUUGAAAAUCUGAGGGAACCAGAACCGAACAAAAGGGAGAAUAUGUUGACCAAAAUUAUGCGCUCGUGGGUUUCAGAUCAUUAAACUUUAAAGAUAAAUUUAGUCUUAAGAAACUAAUUUUACCUAUUUUACUUAUUUUUGGUAAAUCGUUUACUCCACCUAACGAAUGUCAAGGUGCCGAAGCCACGUGUAAAUGUCCACGUUCACCGGGGCGCUGGGUGGGCUGCAGGGACGGCCGGAAGCAGGCUUCAUCAGGGCCCGUGACUCCAGGAAAGAGUGAGAAGGAGAUCAGCCAGGCCCAGGUCUCCCCUGCCCCCCAGCCCCUGAGCCUGGGAGGAGGGGCUGCGAGGGACUGAGGGGAGGCUGCGCCCGCCUGUAGCUCACACAGGAGAUUUGCUUCUCCAGCGAGACUCCAUUUGCAUGAAACGUGCAAGUCCCGCUUUACCGGCAGCGCUGUUACAGGUGUGAUGCUGCACCCCCUGCCGUGAGACAGAGGCUUUGGAGGCCGCACACAGCACGCACGGCCAGGGGCCUCUGCCACACCUGCUGCCUGGCUGAGGACAAAUGUCUCCCUUUGACUUCUGGUUCUUACGGAUGAAACCCCCAGUGGGGCCAGCAGUCCUCGUUGCGGCAGCUGUGGCCAGGCCCGGGGCAUGGGGCCCUCUUGCUAGGUCGGUAACCUCGCGGCGCCCACUCCCAGUUGCGCUGGAGUGCAGCCGUGCUCCUGUAACAGGCCCCUGCAGGGUGUGCAGGCAGCCCCUCCGUCCAGGUGGCAGGCAACACCCCAUGCAUUUGGUGUGUUUUGCCUUUACGUGGCAGGUGGCCGUGGGAGGCCUGUCAGUCUCAACCACCAGCAGGCUGACGUAUCCGUCAGACUCUUGUUGCAGCCUGAUUGUCUCUGGAUUUUAUUUGAAUGUGAAAAUAUAAACCAUUUGACAGUGAAUCCUGUGGGGCUUUUUGUUUGUUUUUUUUAACGUGUGUUGGGUACUAUGAUAACAAAGUUGCUUCUUUAGGAACAUUUUUAGUCACAAACCUUUUGAGGCAUAAACAGAUCUGGCCCUUAUAACAAACAGACCAAGUAUGAAAAUGCACCGGCUAAGUACGUAUUCUUGUUGGUGGGAAAUGGCUUUUUCCACUAACACCUCAGGAAGCACAAAGCAGGCAUUAAUCCCAGCUCAGUCCUGGGAGGUGUUUCUGGUGAUUCUACUGCUUACAGGCUGUUGUCUGUAGGACCCCAGGGCUUGGGCGGGGAGGUCCUGCGACCCCAGGGCUCUGGAGAGAGAUGGGGAAUGGUCCCAGGACAGCCAGGGGUCCCCGGGAUCCACACUUCUCUUCCUGGCCCCGCGUGGUGCUUUGGCUGUGCAGGUGUUACAGGUGUUACUCCCCCUGCCCCUCGGCUGUCUCUGACCCCACACCCAGGGCGGCAGGAGGGGCCCGGAGCCCCAUCUCCCGCGAACGCAGCCAACACGGAUCGAAAUACUGCCUGAUGGAGCUGCGGCUGGUCUGGGCCGCCUGCUCCCUCAACGCCCAGGUUGGCCCCUGUGAGGGUUCCUUUUGAGGGCUUGCUUAGUGAAGCUCCCAAGGGUGAAGUGGGGCCCCCGGGGGCCUGCCAGAAUCGCAGGGUGUGUGUUCUGUUUGUCGUCCAGCGUGGAAAGCGCUUCCUCGCACUGUGUCAGUGUCGCCUUUUCACCCAUGACGCUCGUGCGCUCAGACCCCCUUCAGGGUCUUGCAGAGGGGCUUCCGGGUUUUCCUCCCAGAGGGCUCACGUAUUUCUAGUUUGGCUUAUUUCUUGUGUUUCCUCAGGGAGGCGGGGCACCUGCUUAUAUGGAAUGGAGAAGACACUGGUGUUUGUACCCAAUCUGCUGGUUCCGGGAGUGGCGGGGUGGGUGUCCUGGACGCCCACAGGCAGCAGUGUCACAGCAAACACACGGACCCCUGUGCUCCUCUGCGGGCUGCGUGUGCGCGGCUGCAUCUCGAAGAAUGUUGGCGGCAAAGGAAGCUUGCUGUGCGUUCAGACUUGAGUGGGAAGACUCUUGACGUCUCCAUUUAAGCACAGUUGUGGAGUUUUGAUAAAUACUGUUGACUAAGUCGAGAAAUUUCCUUCUGUUAAAGCUCACUAGACAUUUUAGUCUAGAAUGUGUAAUUUCCAUUUUUUAAAUUACAAAUUUUAAGUAAAAAAAAAAUUUUUAAGUAA